AUGAAGGGUUUUCUUCUGAUUGUGAAUGUUAUGGUAUUAACCCUGCCUCUCUUGGCUGCAGAGGUACAAGACCAGGAACAAACAGCAUGCAAUGAAAAAUUUGAAAGACCAUUUGAUCAGAAGAUAGUCCCAUAUGUCCCAAUUCAUUAUGCGUUGAAUAGGUAUCCUAAUUUUGAACCCAAUUACUAUCAACGUACACCAAUUGCAUCAAUUAAUAAUCCAUAUAUGAUUCAUCCAUACUAUGCAAAAGCAUUUGUACUUAGGUCACAUGCCCAAAUUCCCCAAUGGCAUCUCCUGCCAAAUAUCCACCAUCCUACCAUGGUGCAACAUCACCCAUAUCGACACUCUUCAUUUAUGGCAAUUCCCCCAAAGAAAUCUCAGGAUAAAACCACUAUCCCUGCCAAUGAUAUCAAAAAUACUGUUGAGCCUACCCCAAUUCCUACCAAUGAACAAGUAGCAAGCACCACAGUCAUUCCAGAAGCUUCCUCAAAGUUCAUCAACACCCCUGAGCCUACCACAGUCCCAGUUACUUCACCAGUUGCAUAA